AUGCUGAGGCAAGUUCUCACGCCGCCUCCUCGCUCGCAGAGAUUGUUCACUCCAGAGGCCGAGCAGACUAUGUCUCAGUGGACAAGGAGAGCGCCUCACCUCUACACGCCAGAGCAGCGCACACCUCAGCAGGAGGGCUCGUCGAACGGGUCCCUUACGCAGGAACAAGUUCUGGCGGAGGUGCAGAAGCAAGUGAAGUUUGAAAUGCGUGUACAUGAAGAAGAACGCCAAUUGUUGGCACAGGAGAACCGGCAGUUGAAAGACAUGCUGGAGAGGGUUCUCAAUGAAGUGCAAGCUCGUGGGCUAGAAGGUGCUGGACGGACCGAUGUGGGUGGAAUUUCGCAGGGACCCCAGGGAAGCGGUCAUGUUGGUGGCUGCGGUGGCAUUCCCGGCGGACUACCCCAACCUCCUGAUGUUAUCGGCGGAUAUCCUCCUGUACCGAAUCCGGCCCCUGACGUGCAUGAACCUCAUGAUGGAGCUGGAGGGUGUUCGCUCGGAAGUCAACGAGGCCUUGGAGUAUCUGGCAGUGAUCCACUUGGUGUACGUGCAGGGCAAGAAGGGAUGAACCCUGGCCUUGCAGGCAACGGAGGCGGUGGUGCCAAUCUCCCGAAUGAGCCCGGUGUGACGAGCGUACCUCGGCAACAGCAGACAACGGCGACCAUGCCAACUGGACUUCCUGGAGUACUACCUGGGAAUCCCCUACAAGAUCCUCUAGGCGUCUUGAUGCAGGGCAUGACACAGUUACAAACGGCAAUGUCUCAGACGUUGUCUCUCAAGACAAAGGACAUUGAGGUUGUGAAGCCUGGCUUGACAGAGUUACCCCGACUGCAGGACCUCAGCAAGAACUCUGCUAUCGACUUCGGUGACUGGUUGCAUGGGCUGCAGAAUCACAUGGGUGACCUCAGUAACUCAAGCAGUCAAUGGUGGAAUGAGGUUUUAGCUUGUCUGUCAAGGUUUUAUUCUGCUUACCUGGAUGCCUCACAUGUUGGCAAAUUGGUGUUGAAGGCCGAGGACUACGAGACCUCCGUCUUACGGGAAGAACGAUGGACCCGAGUUGACAAGCGGGCCUCUGCAAUGAUCUUGGCCAGCCUGCCGGAGAAUGUGAGGGCGGAGCUCCUUUCAAGUCGUGUGGUUGGAACCUUGGCCACGUUAUGCAGGGUGCUGAUUCUUUACAGACCAGGUUCUGUUGCAGAGCGCCAACAAAUUCUUCGGGCGCUGGAGUCACCGAAUACAGCAGCAACGGCUGCAGAUGCAGUGCAAGAGCUCCGUCGGUGGGCACGCUGGGUCGCUCGUGCGACGGAUAUCGGGAUUCAAUGCCCGGACCCAAGCGUGAUGAUUAAGGGCCUUGACUUGAUCGUGAAGAAGAUUUUGAGUGACCACGCAGACAUCAGUUUCAGGGUGUCUAUGCUGAGGUAUACUUUGGAAGUGGACACACGCCCGACGCUUCAAGGGGCGAAGAGUCUGCAGCAGGCACUCCUUUCUGAGUUGGAGCAGGUGGCCUACAGUGGACGACAGGGUGGAACAGCAGCUCCUGUGGUGAAGGCCAUUGCGACAGGAGCUCCUCCGUCUACAGCUGGGAAGCCUGAUGGAGCUGGUGGUGGUGAAACCGGAAGCCCGACUCGGCAGCCCCAGGCCAAGGCCAAGACACCUUGCAAGUUUUAUCUUUCGGACAAAGGGUGCAGCCGUGGAGCUUCGUGUACCUACUCCCACGACUUCACGAGGAAAGAGCGGAUGGGUCGGUGCUGGACAUGUGGCUCUACACAGCACCGUCAGGCGGACUGCCCGACAAAGGCUGGAGGAGGAAGUCCAAAGGCAGGUGCUGGGGCAAAGGCUACCCCGGCAGUGAAGACGGUGAUGGAGGCUAAUGCUAUGUCUGCAGCGAGCACAGGACCGGCGUCUACUACCUCUUCCUCGUCGGCUACGGGGGAUGUACCAGCCCCAGCUGUACCGGAGGCGGAAAUCAAGAACCUGUUGCAGGAGGCCAGCGCGAUGCUCAAGGAGAUCCGGCAGCUCAAGACGAUGUCGUUGACGAUCACUCAGGUUCAGAACCAGGCGGUGGGGGUGGGUUGCAGCCCGAGCACGGGCCGUACAGGACUCCUGGAUAGCGGAGCAAGUCACCCCUUUAGAGAAGCUACCGAGGACGAGCUCCAAGAUGCAACCCAGGUCACAGUCCAGUUGGCUGGUGGGCGUGAAGCAGUCCUGGCACAAGGCAAGAGCGGCACCUUACUCACCAAGAAGACCAAGGACGAGUGCUCAUCGCCGAUUGUUCCGUUGGGAGCGUUGGUGCAGGACGAUGCCCGGUCGUUGCCGAGUCACAGGGCGACGGCGAAGGCGUUGUGGAUGUGGGACGUCAAGAAGAAGUGGGCACAGCACCUCAGUGACUUUGUUGGAACUGGGGGACGUGUGCCUCAGCUCGCGGCUAUGUCGUCGGAAGGAUCGCCUUUUACUCAGUGGACUGACUUGGAGAAGUCCCUUCUUACCGAGAAUGUUGAGCUCACGGACAAGGCAGGGUGGAGUUACAUGAGGGCUAUCCCGGGCUCACGCCAGAAGAGGAAGAGGAUGCUGAGUUUGCCAUGGGUGAUUCACCUCUACUCCGGUCCCGGGAAGGGCCUCGACCCCGCGUUCUUGGAGCUUGAUGAUGGCAAGGUGUUGGUUCAGGUGGAUAUCAACCGCAGCAAGGCCGAAGACAUGAAUAUGGCUUCCGGGGUUUACCGUGCUUUGUUGUGGGCUGCAGCUACUGGAAGAGUCAGUGGGAUCUUUGGGAGCCCACCGACCAAGCCUGAGCUCUUACAGAAGAUGAUGUGGCUGGCUGUGGUGUCAAAGGCCGCUAGGGCUGUUCAUGGAGGUCAACCGGUGUUUGUGAUGAUUGAGAGUCAAAAGGUGUUGAAGUUGGCUAAGUAUGGUGGUCUGGAUCGUUGGACUUCGGUGUCUUCUACAUGGGAGGCUUUCUUGGAGGCUGCCUGUCUAGAAGAAGUGGAGGACAACCUGGUGACGAAUAUGAAGAUGAGGGAGCCUCUACCGAAGGCUACCGAUGACAGCUUGGCUUGGACCUGCGAUUUCAAGCGAGCUGUUGUGGAGGCUAUCCAGCAAUGGGAACGUGAGCCAGAGGCUUUGCAAGUGAUCAAGUGGAUGAAGAAGUUGGAUGCGGACCGGGAGAAGUUUUUGGAAGGCUUUACGGACAAGGAGUUGGAGAUGUGGCGCACUCAUGUCUUCGGCUACCGGAAGGGCGCAUCGAAGAGUUCGACAUCCAAUCGCAUGAGCCACCGAGUGAACCUUCUGAACUACGACCAGAGUCGCAUGAGCCACCUAGAGAACCUUCUGAACUACGACCAGAGUCGCAUGAGCCACCGAGUGAACCUUCUGAACUACGACCAGAGUCACAUGAGCCACCGAGUGAACCUUCUGAACUACGACCAGAGUCGCAUGAGCCACCUAGAGAACCUUCUGAACUACGACCAGAGUUGCGUGAUGUACCAGUUGAGCCCUAUGGUGAAGAAAAGGAUGAUGAUGGUACAGGUGUUGGGAUUGUUACGUUCGACGACGGUGACACAGCUGAUGAUGGUCCUGACCCUAUGGAGGAAGUUUCUGAGAGGCCUUUCGCAAGAGGAGUUCGAGAGAAUCUAUAACGAGGUUGGCGUGGAGCUUGUCUAUGACACCAUCUAUGUGGUACGCCCUUUGAGGACGAGAACGGCGGUGGAAGUUACAGCUGCUGCGCAAGAGCUCUUUCUGAAGUUGAGAGCUGAAGGCUUACAUGUGAGUCGUGUCCAUGCGGACAGGGCUCGCGAGCUCCGGGUGGAGCCGCUGCGACGAUGGCUCCUUGAAAAGGGGUCUUUGGUCACCUACACCGAAGGCCAAGCGCCUCAAGCGAACGGCCGAGCUGAAGCCGCAGUGAAAUGGACCAAGGCGGCUGUCAAGAGAUUGCUGGCAUCGUCAGGACUCGGCAAGGAGAACUGGGCGAUGGCUGCGGGAUACGCCGCUCAAUGUCAGCUUGAAAGAGUCUUGAAGCAUCCAACGUCUACGUUGCCUUUUGGGUCCAAGGUGCAUGUGCGAUCCAAGGUGUAUGGGACCGGGGGGCGCUACGACCUGGACUCCAGAUGGAAGGCAGGAUGCUAUGUGGGCCCGAGUCUAGAUGUUCGUGGAGGACAUGUGGUGUUGCUGGAAAAUGUUGAGUUGGACGAGUACGAGCUCCUACUUCCUAUGCCCACGAGGCGCCUCAGAACAAAGGCAGGGGCUAGGGAUUUGGAUCCGGCAACAGUGCCGGGGGAGCUUUCUUUGAAGUAUGACCCUGAGCAUCCAGCUGAGCAGUAUGCUAUGAGGCUGCUGAGUGAGGAGCUGCUAACUCCAGACCAAUGUGAAGUUCUGGCGUUGAUGUUACCCUCUACAACGGCAGCUCCCAGCCGAUUUGGACCGCAGAGCGCUUCUCAAAAGGUUUGGAGCGUUGGAGCCUUUGUUCAUGGAGGUGUUGCUGGAGUAAAAACUGCGACAGCUGCUUUCCCAGCGAGCACCAGGGUGUUCGUGAAGUAUGUGAAGCAAGUGCAGCCUGAUCACCAGUUCAAUGCCCUUGCUGUUACAACGGAUGUGGGUGCGCAACAACACGUGGAUGCACACAAUGUUGGUAUGAACUUGAUUGCGGGCUUGUCGUACUUCAAGGGUGGUGCGUUGGAGGUUGAAGGUCCGGAUGGAAAGAAGCUUUUGCCUUUGGAUGGAGAUCACACCCACCAGCUCUUCGACCCCCGCCUAAAGCACUCAACAAAAACCUGGUAUGGAGGAUCCAGGGUUGCGGUGAUCGCUUACUCUGUUCGGGACAGUGGCAAGCUCAUGCAGAACAAGGUCGAGUACCUAGAGGAUUUCGGCUUCACGUGGACUCCUCACUUGUCAAGACCUCGUGGCGAGGAGGAGGGUGCAAGACUGAACGUUUUACGUGUGGGCUUGUUGGAAGUAGCACAAGAGCGUGAUGUUCCAGAACAACCUCGAGAUUCUCCAGAACAAGAGGGCACAGGUGGGGCACUACAACAGGGUGAUGUUCCAGAACAACAUCGAGAUUCUCCAGAACAAGAGGGCACAGGUGGGGUCGUUUUAGACGAUCAAGAGCUAGAUGUUCGUGCAGAUCCAGAGAGUGAGCUCAGUCGUGAUGGCGUUGAUACUUCGGGGCCUGUGCUCUAUUUGACUGAGGACAUCGAGCUACUCAUAGGGGACCUUGAAGAUAGAGCAGCAAGGCUUCGUGAUCUGCUUGAGGAGGAGGAGAUCAUGUGUGAAGAGUAUCGCCGUACAAGUCAGGCGACUCGUGGAGUGCUUACAGAUGCCCGGGAUCAGAUCUGUGCUUUCUUGGAGGGUGUCCAUGAAGAGCUAGUUGAGCUUGAGCGGGUGCGGUCCACUACGUGUUUGAAGGCAGCAAAGAUCUCUACGGCAAGUUCUUCGUCAGAUCAGAUUGACUACGAGGAGAUGUUGAGCAGCAUGGAGGGUGACCUCAAGAUUGUUCAUACGGUUCCGGUUGAACAGGUGAAGCGCAACCUUACAAAGUGGGUCGAAGCUAUCCGCAAAGAAGUGAACGCCUUGAUCGAGUCAGGGACCCUGAGGCGCAUCAGUCUUGCAGAAGCUAGGCAAUUGGAGAAGGAAUCCCGGGUGACGUUCGCGCCCGCCAAGUGCGUGUUCACACUCAAACCGCCGCAGGAGGCGGGCAAGCAAGCACGCAGGAAGUGUCGGGUCGUAAUAUGUGGAAAUCACGUACGUGAUAACCUGGAAUUCGGCGACCUAUACGCGUCAGGAACAUCCUCUGACGCGCUACGAGUGUCGCUAGUUAUUGCGGCUUUGAGAUGCUGGCUUGGUGCGGUGAGCGACAUUACUGGAGCUUUUCUGCUAGCCAACUGGCCUCCCGAUCUCCCUAAGUACGGCAUCUAUCCGCCCAGGGUGGUGAAAGAUUCUGGUGUGACAGAAGCAGAAGCGUGGAUCGUGGAACGUCCGUUAUAUGGCUUGAGGGAAUCCCCAAGGAUAUGGAGUUUGUACCGCAAUGAAAGAUUGAGACGCGCGAGAAUCAAGGUGGGUGAGAUGAUCGUCAUUCUACGACCUACGGUUGCAGAGCCGGAGCUAUGGAUGAUUUUAUGUGAAGUCACGGGAACCAUGCACGGGCUCAUUGUUCUCUACGUAGACGACAUUGCCUAUUUCUCGACAAAGGAAGUUAUUGUGGCCAUCCAUGACUUCAUCACACAGGAGUGGCCAGCUUCACCCUUAGAGUGGAUCUCAGGCGAAGCCCCAGUGAGGUACCUUGGUGUUGAGAUUCGGAGGGAGCCUCGCACUACGGAGGAUGGGCGGGCCUCAUGGGUCUACACCAUCGGACAAGGCGCUUACGUGCAAGACUUGUUGAGGGAGCACAACAUGAUGGAGGUACAACCUACAAGUUUGCCGGCACCAAAGGAGUGGAUCGAUGAGGCGGAGUCCUGCGACGAUGUUGAGGGUGAAUACGAGGAGGCCACACUGAAGUUGGCUCAGAAGCACGUUGGAGAGUGCCUGUGGCUAGCUACGAAGACGCGCCCUGACAUAAUGUUUGUCACGACGCACGCAGCCAGUUUGGUGUCCAAGAGACCGUCCUAUGUUAUUCGUUUGAGCAAAAGAGUUCUGGCCUAUCUGGCUGGGACGGUGGAUUUACGAAUGACAAUGGGCCCCGUCAACGAGGAGGACGCUCUGGAGUUGGUGGCAUUUACUGACGCAAGUUAUGCGCCAUAUGGGAGGCGGUCGUUUGGGGCAGCAGUCAUCACCCUGGCUGGUGCACCGGUUGCUUGGAAAUCGGGCCGUCAGAGUUUCAUGACAUUAAGUGUUAUGGAAGCUGAAUUGUAUGCUGCAACCCAGGGGUGUACGCUGCUCAAGUCGGUACAAGCUUUGGUGGCUGAGCUUUUUCCUACAGCUUUGACUUGUGUUUUGGCGGUGGAUAACACCUCGGCAGCAGCAAUGCUGGCGGGAGGAGGUGGAGCAAAGACGCCUUAUUGUGCGCCACACGCCUGGGUCGAUGCAGCUGGCAGACUUGUCUACGAAGAUGCAGUCAAAGCUACGACUACACCAGAGAAUCCUUCGUUGUCGAAGAAGGUGGCUCAAGGCGAAGAGGCUGGAGCAGGUGUCCCAGUUCGCAUCAGCUGCUGCAAGGAGAGAGAUUUCAACUACAACAACGGGUCGGGAAGCUACGAGUUCGGUGAGGAGGAGAAGUACCAGGACGAGAAGCCGCUCCUCUACUCCGAUAGCCCCUAUGACUCCGCCUACAACAAGGGCUUCCACCCCUCCGAAGACGACGAGCACUACAAGGACCCCGAGUAUUCCUCGAGGUCAAGACCUACAGCGAAGCCUGCAGGAGCAACCAGCAAGCUCAUCAGCGGCACUGGUGAGGCCUUCUACCCCACCGCCGUUGCCGAGAUCUACCAGGCUGGAAGAAAGCGAAGAACGCUUUCGUGUGUGCAAGGUGUCAAGGGCGACCUGGCCGAGAGGCUUGUACACAAGUUGGUGGCUUCAGACGUUACCAGCAAGCAGUUUCGCUACGUGCUUUACUUGUGGCGAUUGAAGUCCUUGAACUUCAAAUGCAAGCUACGGUGGGAGGAUAUCAACAGCAAGUGCCGAGUUUCAAUGUGGAUCUCCGCAUGGAAGGAUGCAUGA